AUGAAUGCACUUGCUGUUUUCAUGGAUUACAUAAACAGAGUGUUUCGUCCCUUUUUGGACAAAUUCGUGGUAGUUUUCAUAAACGACAUCUUGGUUUACUCUAAGACAGCGAAAGAGCAUGAGGAACACUUAAGGAUUAUGUUGCAAAUUUUAAAGGAGCAGAAAUCGUAUGCUAAGUUGUCGAAGUGUGAGUUUUGGAAGGAGGAAGUGAAGUUCCUAGGUCACGUGGUGAGCAAAGGAGGAAUAUCAGUGGAUCCUUCUAAGGUAGAAGUGGUGAUGAAAUGGGAAAGACCGACGACAGUGACGGAAAUCAGAAGCUUUUUGGGCUUAGCUGAAUAUUACCGAAGAUUCAUUGAAGGAUUUUCCUGGAUUGCACUACCAAUGACUAUGUUGACAAGGAAGGAAGUGUCUUUUGUAUGGACGUCGGAGUGUGAAGAGAGUUUUCAGACCUUGAAGCAGAAGUUAACUUCAGCACCUGUUUUAAUCUUGCCAGAACCACAUGAACUGUUCAAGUUUACUGUGAUGCUUCCUUGA